AUGCUCAAUCACUCGCUAGCACAGCUCAGGCAGGUCGCCUUUGCCAGUCUCGCACUCCAGGAGCCUGUACAGCAGCAGGGACGGAGCGCCAGUGGGUCUAUUGUACACUUCACAACCCCUACCAAGCCACCGCCUGCAUGGAGUCGUCUGGAUGGUGCACAAGAGAAUGUGCCAGAGUCGCCAACGAAACGUCCCGGACAGAUCAGACGGCGAAGUACACGAACAAAAGCGGUGUUGGAGGAAACUCAUGCGCCAACCGGGCGGCAUGAGCUGGCCAUCUACAGACACAUGCACGAGUCGUUCUUUGUUUUGACUGAGCAAGGCGAGACGCAGUACAUCUCCGAGGUACAGUCAGGCCAGUCGCCCGUCUUUUUGCCCUUUCGCAUCGAGUCUCGAGCAAGACAAGUUGACCUAGUACUAUACACACGGACAACGAGACAGGAGACUGACUCUCGAGAAGCUCAUUGGCAUCCAUUGAUCAAAAUGGACAUUCAGUUGAACCGUCUCAAGGGCAUCGGGCCCAAAGCACAAACGAGAGAAGUCUGCGCCGUCUUGAUGCAAUUCUCUGGUCCAUCUGCCGACUGGUAUGUCCCGUUGAGCAAGUCUGAGCAGCUGCCACAGCGCUAUGUCGCUCCAAAGGCCUCUUCUCACAGUUUCAAUCAGUUGAUGCGUCUACAGAUGCUGACUGAAGUCAUCAAUGAUACACGCGUUUCAAUACACAACAUGCGAGACCGCAUAGAGGCGCUACUCGCGAGUGAUGAAGAGCAUAGGGAGACUAUUUGCAAGUCUGAAGCUGCACAAGUUCUUAUGGUCGACUGUCAUACUGUUACGACACGACUCAAGCGCUCGAUAGCAAGCGACAGACACAAAGUGGCAAUGCUCCGCGAGCGAAACAAGCGUCGUGCUGCCCGGCUCGCCGCAGAGCCUGCAUCUCGUCCUACCAUUUCUCAGGUAGAAGAGUUGCGUGCAAGAACAGCUACAAGCAGUGCCCAGCUUGUCUUGAUUUCCUCUGAAAUGCGACGCGUACAGCGAGUCGUGACUACAGUCUUGUCAUCUGUCUAUCCAAUAUGCACAACGCCUUCUCAGCAUACUAUACGCAACCUCAGCCUUGCUAGGCAUAGCAUCUUUUCUGCAAGCUAUUCAGCUGAGGAAGCCGCAGCAUUGGGAUGGACUGCCCACCUCAUUGCCUUGCUUGCACAAUACCUGCAUGUGCCUUUACGCUAUCCACUGCUUUGCUGUGGCUCAUCAAGCUACGUCAUUGAUCCCAUAUCUACUUUUCCAGAGAGUUCUGAUCAAGAUGACCGGGGAGUAGGCCCGCCCUAUUCCAUGCGCAAGGACCGGCGCUACCCCUUGUUUUACUCAAAAGCAGACAUGCCGCGUUUCAAUUACGGCGUCUAUCUGCUCAACAAGAAUGUCGAGCAAUUAAUGCAAGCACGGGGUCUUGUCUGUGGCGAUAUCCGGGACACGCUCAUCAAUCUGGGUGUGCUUGUGUUUUGGACAACAUCCAUUACUGAAGAUGAGGACUUGGCUUUGUCGUCGCCAGCAAGACGGAGGCGCUUGUCGAAUGCGACGGUCCGCCGAACACAGCUUUCACGGAUAGACUCGGUGGACGAGAGUGCUCUUGCCUCAGCUGGUGAAGAGGCAGACGAUGAGAUUGUCAACCAUGAGGACGUGCUGCGAGCGCGGAGCAAAGUCAAGGUGCAAGGCCUUCUGCAUGGCGAUGCCAGACAAAGGCCUACACGAGAGAAGAUCGAUCUCGGGAUGAGCAGUGAGGAUGAGGGAACGGCUGUACUGUAG